AUGUCCUAUACCUUCGGCCUUCUCUCGUUUGCCAUUGUGACGCAAGCCCUGGGACAAUCUGAUUUCCCUUUCCAGGUCGUUGCUGAUUACCCAGCGGGUUGUCAUGGUGGGCCCGGCCCAGGGGAGGGAAGCAACAUUACCGAUCUCCUAAAGCCGUCCUGCAUUUACAACAUGAAGGGCGUCACAUCUGAAGGAGUUAUUAAAGAGGCUGCCGGGAUCAUUCUAAACACCAAUCGGCCUGGGCAUUAUGGCAGCAUGCAUGUUAAGGUCACCGUGUCCAAGAAGCCUGGCACCAAAGGCGGUGCGCUGGUGGAGACGUAUGGUUGGGCUCACUUGAGUGUCGGUGAUGAAACUCGAGACUUCUGGUGGAACCCAGCCCCAGGGAAUAAUGCCUUUCUCCCUGGAGUGCCCAUCCAUAUUGCUACUAUCGACUACGGUUCUAUCCCUAAUGCUAAC